AAACGCACGUGCACCGGACACACGCACUUGAACACGCAACGUUCCGGCUUGGAGCUCACGCCGUUCUAGAUUUGUCGAUCGCAAGCGCUUGUGUCGGUGCCAGUGGUGUUGCAACAGGUUUUCUCAGCCGGGCUUCGGCAAAUUCGAGGAAAAAAAAGGAGAAAAACGAGUCGAGGGGGCGAGACGAGCUUUAACGCGUAAAAUAGAUCCGCUGUCAGCAGAAACGAGGCACAGCUCGGUAAUGUUCAGGUGCUUGGAAAAAUCCAGGUUGCCUUGAGAGAAUAAUCCGAAGCUUAAUGCAUUUUGUGGUCUGGAUGAGGUUCUUUUUUUUUUUUUAAAUCAGAUAAGCAAACACCGCAGAUGUAGGUCAGUGGAAAUGUCAGCCGGGCUUUGUCGUUUGUCUUCAAUCAUCGUUUUGUUUUUUUCUGUAGAGGAGGUUUGGUUUUUUUUUUUUCCGGCUGCCGCCGAGUGUUCGUCGAUGAGAUGAAUGAUGAAACCGAUUUCAUUCAGCCUCAUCAUGACUGGAGCGCAUUGAUUCAUACUUGCAACACCGAGUGCAGCCAGUAGCUUUCAUUCACAAAAAAAAAGAACCUGCAGUUCACAGAAUCAGAUCCAUUCACAAAUUGCCAGAUCUGAGACCAGAGGCACGCUAUUAGCUUUUCUAAAUGCUGCUUUAGAGUGAAGACGUGCAAGGCACCAGCCUACACAUGGAGUCCAGGGUUCCCCACCACAUCCCCGGCGUGUCCUCCUCCCUCAUAUCUCAGCCCUUGCUGGACAGUCGAGUGCCCUACGGUCGCCUGCAGCACCCUCUUACCAUCUACCCCAUCGACCAGAUAAAGUCCUCGCAUGUGGAGAACGACUACAUCGACAGCCCCGCCGUCGUGUCCCAGCAGCCCUCCAGCCAGAAGUCCGUGAACCGGAGAAUCAAUUGGCUCGGUCAGAAUCAGGAGGCCUUCCUGGGGGCAAACAACAACCAUCAUCAUAAUCACCAACACCAGCACCACCAGCAGGGCAGGUGCGAGCCCCAGCCCCACCCCAACCAGGACAGCACCACCCACCCUUGGAUUUCUUUCAGUGGGAGGCCCAGCUCUAUCAGCAGCAGCAGCAGCACCUCGUCUGAUCAGAGGUUGUUGGACCACGCCGCCCCCACCCCGACGGUGGACCACCACCCAAACCUACACCCCCACCAGGGCCCCGUCAACACAAUUUGCACCCGAACUCCAGGCAGCUUUACUUCCUCCGAAUCGAAAGUCCUCACUUCCUCGUCCUCUGCUUCCUCCUGCGCCUCCUCUAAAUCGCUGGACCUCAAGUCUGCAAAGAUGCCUGCGGGAGGCGUGUGCACCACCGGAGGCCAGCAGGGGCUGGCGCUGAUACCUUCCUCCCCGGCCGAGAAGAAGCACCUCCUUCUCUGCGAGCAAUGCGGAAAGUGCCGAUGCACGGAGUGUACGCUCCCCCGGACCCUGCCCUCCUGCUGGGUCUGCAACCAGGAGUGCCUGUGCUCUGCUCAGAGCCUGGUGGAUACAGCCACCUGCAUGUGCCUGGUCAAAGGGAUCUUCUACCACUGCACCGAGGAUGAAGACGACGAGGGCUCCUGCGCCGACAAGCCGUGCUCGUGCUCCCAGGCCAACUGUUGUGCGCGCUGGUCCUUCAUGGCUGCCCUUUCACUCGUCCUGCCCUGCCUGGUCUGCUAUCUACCAGCUACGGGUCUGGCCAAACUGGGACAGAAGUGUUACGACAACGUUAGCAGGCCCGGGUGCCGCUGCAAGAACUUGCAGGGCGCCGUGAGUGCCCCUCUGUGUAAAAACGGAGGCGUGGAAGCAAAAGUUGGGACACUAGAAAAGCAGGGAUCAUGAUAGUGGACAAAAGAACUGGCUAGCGGUGGCCUUGCUAAGAAUUGGACAGGACCACUCAGUACUUGCUUGUUCUCUAUGGAUAGGACAAUCCAACACCGACCCCUUAAACUACCCCAUUAAUCUACUGGAAGGUGACUUAUGUAAAACAAAGGUACUUAAAUGGCUCCUCGACCUAUGUUGGAUGAUCAGACGAGGCCUAUUGAAGAAGAAGAGACAAGAUCGUGGGACUGUUUUUUUUUGUUUGUUUCCUAAAUGAUGGCCGAAGGCACAAAGUCGUUGUACCUCUCUGCUGCUCCGUAUUCCUCAACUAAUUUAGUAACGGUGACUAACCAGAAGCCGGUUGCUGAACCUCAGAUAACGAGAAAGUUAUUUAAUGGAAAUAAAUAUCUGUGCGCUUCCCCGCCGCCCCCAACAAGCACAGCCCAGUGUCCGUCUGUCUGAACAGACAAGUGUUCACCUGUACUGGUGCUCGAUGAAGUGCCAGAGUGAAACCACCUCUUACUCGCUCUCUCCACUACUAUGACGAACACCAUCUGUUAGUGUCGCCCUUUUACCUCUUUUAGCUUAAAGAUGCUAGCUUGGUAACGCUAAAACGUAUCUCAAAAUAUUCAUCUCCACGGAGGAGCUGUAAAAAAAAAAAAACGAGCCUUUGUCAGACUUAAAGAUAUUAAAAUGUUUCCAUUAUUCUUAUUCUGUCUUGUGCAUAAGCAGUCGUAGAGCAACAGAGAGAGAGAUAAUAACUUUAACGUCCGUUUCCUGUUUUUAGGGGGUAAAUCCCAGAGAUUCUAAAAGUUUUUGAAUGCUGUUCACCAUUCACCUCAGAGGUAAUGCAUGUCAUGAACUGCAUGCUCUAGUGUAAUGGUUAGCCACCAUGCUAGAAGUUGAUGUGUCGUAGAGAAAUUGUGUAAAAAAAAGUACACCCAACCUUCUCAGGGACUGUUUCAGUAAUCCUCUCUAGAACUUGGCCUACAGCAUGUUGAUUUCUAAACUGCCGAAGAGCCCGUCCUACUUCAAUCUUUGCACAAGAAAGCAAAGAACAUUUAGGGGGUGAAAAGGCAAUAGUGAAUAAUUUAAAACAAGUAAGCUAAGCGAGCGACAAACUGGCCAGAAAGUAAGGUUUCAAGGGGAGAGGGGAUGCAAGUGCGGGAGAGCGUAGAGAGGGGAGAGAAGGCAUAGCAAAGUCGUUGUCGUGUUCAUAUCUAGCCAGCCUUUGUCGAAAGUCGAACCUGCCACCUGCACAACCUUUUUCAGAGGACGCAAACCCCCUUAAAAGGAUGUACUAAAGCACAGUAUUAACCACCACCUCUCACGUUACGUUUGCGUGCACGACAUUUAGUCCACACACCCCAAACCUCCCCGUCUACACACAGUGUCUUCAUUCAAUUCUAAUCAUGCUGCAGAGCUGCGUCAGCCAGAUAGUCUGUAUUUUAUUCUUAAAGUCUAUUUUUGUGGCUUGCGUUAUGUUCUUAGGACUUUGCCAGAGGAAGCUAGCAUACAGUAGCUUGUUUUCGCUGUCUUGAGUGAUCACAGUUGUUAUGCACAUUCGCCAAAUGGAGUUGACGGCAGUUGGUUCUUAAAGGCAUUCUGCCCUUUAAUACAGAUGGCCUUUUCUGUUGGGCAUAAAGGCCGACUGUCUCUGUCGCUCCAUAACACACACCUCCCCUUCGCGUCGGACCCUUAACUUCCAUUAGGGUGCCUAACUUUGCUCAUAGCUGUGUUUGUCUUGUUGCACAAAGCUGAUAUCACACAGGGGGAAAAAAAGGAGAAAACACACACACACACACACACACACACACACACUGUCCUUAGUCUUGAAUGUAUGAGGCAAUAUUUUCAAACCUAGCAAUUCAGUCCGAGAGAAAGGUGCCAAAACUGAGAAUGAUUGUGUGACUGGGCAAAGGCCUAACGCGUGUACGUGGGCGGUAAAAAUCACAAAUGUUUUGACGAUAUAUUUAGUAAUAGAGCUAUGCAGGUAAAAUGUUAUUUGCUGUAAAUAGUUUCACAACAUUUGUGUUCUUUAGAAGAGACUUUUAAAAUGUCCUUGAAAGAUUGCAUGGUACGUUAUAACUAAAAUUCAGUACAAAAUAUAUAGAGAAUAUAUUAGAUAUAUAUUUUGAGGGUAAGAUGUUUUUGAGGGGGAAAAAAAGAGGGAGGGUGGCAAGAGGAAGGUUCGGGAAGGGGUAACAACAACAAAAAAACGACAGGUCUUUCUAUCACUAGCACUUGAUUUAGAAAAGUAUGCCGGGCAAUAAAAUAAAAAAGAAGAAGAAGAAAACCCCCCUCCUGCUGUUAAUGCUAUCCACGGCUCAUUAGCAGUGGAGAGGCUAAGCUAAUUCCCUGGUUGCUCUCCCGAGUCCUGGAGACCCAACCUACCCCUCUCCGGAUCAACCCGUUUCCUGCUGUUACUGCUCAGCGUCUCAGCACUCGCUCCCCUCUUUUCCUCCCUCCCACCUCCCCUCCCCUCGCCUCCCCUCCUCUCUGCCCUCGUCUUCCCUCCUUCCUCUCCGAGAAGUAGUCCAACAAAACACCCCUGGCCUUGAUUGACAAACACAGCUGCUGUGCAUAAACGUGUCAUACCGCGGAGAAGGGAGAGAAAGACGAGCCUGUCUCCCUUUCUCUCCCUCUCCCUCUCACCCCCCCCUCCGUCUUUGUCUUUACUCUGGGUUUCAUAGUUCUGUGCCAUCUUUUUAAUAAGUGGAUGCCUUUCUUUUCCUUUUAUUAGACAGCCCCGUCACUGUGGGAGUAUCACUCCUCACUUCGCGUUAGCUUUAUACUUUUUUUUAUGUGAUCACCGGCCUUUUCAAGGUGCGGGAUAAUCAUCCAACGACAACAACUCAAUGAUUACAAUAUUUGUAUUCUUCUCUUCUUUUUCCUGCUACAAUGCUUUUACACACCCUUUACUUUGCGGGCACAGAUGUUUUCUUUUUUUUCGACCCAAACAAGAGGAGAAGUCUCUUACAGCUGGGUGAAAGACUCUGUUCCUUUAUGCCUUUGCAAUGUCAAUGUUUGGGAUUCAGAACGAGAUCCGUGCUUUUGUUUUGUUUAGAUAUAACAAACAGAAAAAAAAAAUCUCUCAUAUAAAAGGUUCCCUUUAUAGAUAUUUAUUUUGAAGUUCUAUUUUAUAUAGUAUUUAUUUAGAUGGCAACUUUUUUGUUUGUGAAGAAAGCUUAUGUCGAAAAGGAAUGUACAUUGACAAUGGAAAUAUAUAUUGUUAAAUAUACAA